AUGGCGCUACUCGCACCCACUGCACCAUCUGAAGGCGGACCACCUCUGGGCGACGCGGUGCAGGACGUCAAUGAAGAGAGAACUCCGGCUAAGGGAGCCGAAGUGUUCAAUAGAUUCGGUGAACUAGUAGGUUGGCUAGAUCCGGGAGCAAAAAGCGCUCCACGACGGCUGAACCCGUUUUCGGUGGCGUGGAAAUGCGUGAAACGCAUUGUACGUGGAAUGUGUUGCUGCCGAGGUGAAGGCGUCGACUAA